AUGAACAGUGUCCUGGCUAUCUUGGCCGUGGCCUCUGCGGUCGCAGCGCAAGAGGCCAGUGUGUCGGCAUCCCUGGCACCUGCCGCAACUACUGUCUCACCAUCGGCAACUCUCUUCCCAUCCGAAACUAUCCAGCUGACUGAUGCGGUUCUCGCCAAUGUGGCUGACACCAUUCAGAAUGAGACCGUCUCCAGUAUGUUCACCUUUGCCAGCACCAACUCCUCUUCCGUAGCGAAGAGAAGCUCGCACCGGUGCAAGGUUAUGCCUGGAGAUGGGGCCUGGCCGAACGACCUGAUCUGGGGCAUCUUCGACCUUCUUCUCGGCAAGCGUCUGGUGAAGACGACACCACUGGCAGCAUACUGUUACCCCGACUGGCCCGAGUAUGAUGCGGCAAAAUGUGCCGCUAUCUCGUCACAAUGGAUCACUUCUGAUCUCCACAUGGCCGAUCCGGCUUCAAUCAUGUUGCCCCUGUACGAAGGCCGUACAUGCAUGCCCCCUGGCUUCAACUACACGGACACCUGUGAGAUUGGCGGAUAUCCCGCCUACGUUGUUAAUGUCACAAACGUAGCUCAGAUCCAGCUGGCUGUCAACUUCGCCAGAAAUCUCAACCUGCGCUUGGUGGUCAAGAAUACCGGCCAUGAUUUCAACGGCAAGGCAGCCGGUAAGGGUGCUCUGUCCAUCUGGACGCACUGGUUGAAGGACAAGGCCUUCUACCCCCAGUACAAGGCUGCCAAUGGCUACGUCGGCCCCGCCAUCAAGAUCGGCUCUGGUGUGCAGGUGUGGGAGGCGUAUGAAUAUGCCAAGGCCAACGGUGUUACUGUCAUUGGAGGUGAAGCCAUCACUGUUGGCAUGGGAGGUGGUUACAUCGCCGGCGGUGGUCAUUCGCCCUUGAGCAGUCUGUACGGCAUGGCCGCGGACCAGGUUCUUGCGAUGGAGGUUGUCCUUGCCGAUGGCCGUUUUAUCACGGCCACAUCCACGCAAAACUCGGACAUCUUCUGGAUGCUUCGCGGUGGUGGCGGCAGCACCAUCGGCGUCGUCACUUCGUUGACAGUCAAGGCAUUGCCCAAGCUGCCAACGACGACGGUGACCUUUAACUUCACCAUCAAAGACGCCCCUAGCGCCGACGCCUUUUGGAAGGGUGUCGAGUCGUACUUGGACAACUUUGAGCGCUUUGUCGAUGCCGGCACCUACGGCUACUACUACCUCGGCGCAUCUGCCUUUCAGCUCGGUACCGAUUAUGCUGGGUCGACCGAUUACUAUUUCCGCAUGGAGUCGUUUGUCGCCCCCAACAUGACUGUCGACGAGACAAAGGCUCUGCUCGCUCCGUGGUUUGAUGUGUUGGACGCUCAGAACAUCACCUACACUCCGUGGUACAACCACGCCGACAACUUCCACGACGUGUGGACGGUUGCCUUCCCGCAGGAAUACGUUGGAACUGCCCUAGUCAAGACGGCCUCGCGUCUCAUGCCACGAAGCGUCUUCCAGGACGACAGUCUGCGUAGCCGGACCUUCCUCGCCCACAAGGACGCCAUCGACAAGGGUCUCUUUGUCGCUGGCUUCCACAUCACCGGCACUGGCAAAGCCGUCACCCCACCCACCGACACCUCCAUCCUCCCCGCCUGGCGUGAUGCCCUCGCACACGUCAUCGUCGGCACACAAUGGACAUCCGACGCUAGCUGGGAAACAGUAAAGGACAAGUCUCUGUUCGUGACGAGCUGGAUGGACGUCCUGCGCGACAUUGCCCCUGACUCGGGCUCCUACAUGAGCGAGGGAGACCUGCUGGAGCCGAACCAGCAGGAGGCGUUCUACGGCGCCAACUACGACCGCCUCUACAGCCUCAAGCAGCGUUACGAUCCGUGGGGAUUGUUCUUUGCGCUGACUGCCGUUGGUGCCGAGGACUGGGAGGUCCAGGUUACGGAUCCUGUGCCUUACUCGUGGAAUAAUAAUGGGCGGUUGUGUCCUGUUUCUUAG